AUAUCUGGAAUGUUUAAUUUUUAAUCAAGACUUCAUCGCCUGAUUCUUCCAAUGAGAAUUCCCCGGCAACUCCUCCUGAUGAGCAAGGUCAAGGUGAUGCCCCUCCACAGAUUGAAGAUGAGGAACCUGCAUUUCCACAUACUGACUUGGCAAAGUUAGACGAUAUGAUCAACAGGCCUCGAUGGGUCGUUCCAGUUUUGCCGAAAGGGGAAUUAGAAGUGCUUCUAGAAGCUGCUAUUGAUCUUAGUAAGAAAGGCCUUGAUGUUAAAAGCGAAGCAUGUCAGCGAUUUUUCCGAGAUGGGCUAACAAUCUCAUUCACAAAAAUCCUUACAGAUGAAGCAGUGAGUGGCUGGAAGUUUGAGAUUCAUAGAUGUAUUAUUAACAAUACUCAUCGCCUGGUGGAGCUAUGUGUGGCUAAGUUGGCCCAAGACUGGUUUCCACUCCUAGAACUUCUUGCCAUGGCCUUAAAUCCUCAUUGCAAAUUCCAUAUCUACAAUGGUACACGUCCAUGUGAAUCGGUGUCCUCAAGUGUUCAGGUGCCUGAAGAUGAACUCUUUGCUCGUUCUCCAGACCCUCGAUCACCAAAAGGUUGGCUAGUGGAUCUCCUCAACAAAUUUGGCACUUUAAAUGGAUUCCAGACAUUGCACGAUCGUUUUAUUAAUGGAUCAGCAUUGAACGUUCAGAUAAUUGCAGCCCUUAUUAAACCAUUCGGACAGUGCUAUGAGUUUCUCACUCUUCACACAGUGAAGAAAUACUUUCUUCCAAUAAUAGAAAUGGUUCCACAGUUUUUAGAAAACUUAACUGAUGAAGAACUGAAGAAAGAAGCAAAGAAUGAAGCCAAAAAUGAUGCUCUUUCAAUGAUUAUUAAAUCUUUGAAGAAUUUAGCUUCCCGGGUUCCUGGACAAGAAGAAACUGUAAAGAACUUAGAAAUAUUUAGGUUAAAAAUGAUACUUAGAUUAUUGCAAAUUUCUUCUUUCAAUGGAAAGAUGAAUGCACUGAAUGAAGUCAAUAAGGUAAUUUCUAGUGUGUCAUACUAUACCCAUCGGCAUGGAAAUCCUGAGGAAGAGGAGUGGCUCACGGCAGAGAGGAUGGCUGUGAGGCCUUUCACUUUUUUGGGUGGGGUGGGGUGGUGAAAGCCAUAGAGAGAU